AGUGUUAUUGUUUAUGUUGAGCACAAGACUGCGCAUGCGCCCUGAGCUGACAGCGGCCGGUUUAUGUAUUUGCAGAGACAGCUGUGAAGCAGAGGAUAUCAUUGGAGCUGUAGAGAAGAGAACAAGGGCAGGAUAAACAAGCUAUCGCCGUUUUGAGAAUAUUACAGGUGGAUCACUGCGCAUUAUUAAGCUAAUACGGGAAAACCUGGGUUAGUCAUCAGAAAAAGAAAGAAAAUCGGAGAAAAAUUGAUGACAGAGGUGAGACAUGAUGUAGUUUGUCUGUAGCUCAGCUAACGUUAGCUUAUUGUAGCUGAUGUAGCAGGUAUGCUGUCGUCUGGUGGCUUGACAAAAUGUUUGCUUUUGACGUUUCUCUUAAUUUUUAAUGGUAACGCGUAAAAGGAGAAAAUAUGUAGUUACUGUGAUCUUAUUUGUGGUUUUCCGUGAAAUAAAACUUUAUUCUUACCCUGCUAACAAGGUAGCCCCUACCGUCUCACUGUUAAUGAAUGAGACAUAAUGUCAAAACAAGAGCUGAAACUAAUACAUUAAAUAUCAAAGAGUAUCUUUAAAUAAGAGUUUGGGGUGUAAAAAUGACAAAGACUUGCAAUCAUGUAAAUUGACAUAGCAAACUAGUGCUCAAUCCAUCUGUCAUGGGGUGUGUAAGUGCUUUACAACAGAGGUGUAAUCUUUUUCUAAUGAGAGGUAAAUAUUUCCAUAACUUAUAUAGUAUAAAAUCUAAAAAAGGAAAUCUCUGAAUACUGUCCCUCACUCAGACUGUGUGUAUGUAUAUCAGCAUGCAAGUUAGUAAAAAGUCAUUUGUUUAAUACUUCCCCUCAUUGCAAAAGCUCAUCUUUGACCAGGCUUGUUUUUCUUUUAGGUAAAAAAACACAGCCUGUUUGUUUGUGUAGCUCUGAUUCAAUGUUGACAUUGGUGUUUUGUGUUGGUUUUCCAGCUCAUCGACAGGAGAUGUGUGCCGCGGUGUAUGUCCUGUCAACAGUAACGGGCUAUGUGCUCACCUCUGCUCUGCUCCUGAAAUGCCCGAGUCUUCUUCACCGCAGGAAGCGAGAGACUUUCCUCAGCAGGCACAUUUCUCACCGAGGAGGUGACUGGAUCAUUCUGAUGGGGAUUUUUUACCUUGUUUGAUUCCGACUGUUUAGUGUUUGGCUACUUAAUUCACUUCAGGCUAGGUUUGACUUUGAGACAGAAUUGUUUGGUUUAAGUCUUUACUUCCAACAGGCCAUUUCCCAUUAUCACAGCUGGGUGUUCCAUAGAAGUGCAAAUAGAAAUAAAUCACCACACCUAACUUUAUGUUUACUUUUGUAUCUCAGGUGCCGGGGAAAACCUGGAAAACACAAUGGCAGCUUUCAGGCAGUGAGUAGAAACUUGGGUCACUUCUUAAACAUCUCUCAAGCUUGUAUUUUUGAUUAUGGCGACCAAUAACCAGAAGGCUGGCGGUUCAUACCUCGCCCUAUCCCUUGUCUGUCCAUUGUGUCCUUGGGCAAGACACACACUUAACCCACCUUGCUCCCAGUGUGUGUCCUCCACUGGUGUAUGGAUGUGAGUGUUGUGUGGUGGUGGUCAGAGAGGCCGUAGGUGCAAAAUGGCAGCCACUUUUCUGUCAGUCUGCCCCAGGGCAGCUGUGACUACUAAGGAAGUUUACCACCACCGAAGUGUGAUUGUGUGAGUGAAUGAAUGAUGUAUCCAACGUAAAGUGCUUUGAGGUCACCGACAAAAAACACUAUAAAAAUCUGAUGUAUUAUUUUUAUGAUAUUUCUGAGUCACCACAUUUGUAGAAGGACUAACAAUCCCUGAUGUCCUUGAAACGUGGUGAUAAGUAAUGAAUGUGCACUUUGUGUUUCAGCGCUGUGGAACUUGGCACUGAUAUGCUGGAGUUAGAUUGCCACCUGACUAAGGAUGAAGAGGUUGUGGUUUCACACGAUGCAAACUUGUGUAGAUCCACCGGCAUCAAUGCUUAUAUCUGCGACAAGACCUACGCCGUGAGUUACAAUUGUUUUUUAUUUGGUUGUUGUUGUUGUUUUCAUUUGCUGUUCCUGAAAAGUGAAUUAUCACUCCCUCAAUGUUUUAUCAUUCAUCUUCCAGCUCCAUGAAUUGCUCCCCAUCUCCAGGCAGUUUUUGCUAAUUAUCCAAAAACUGCUGAUAAGAGUAUUUUGCAACAGCAUGAAAGAAUCUAUGUGGUCCAGUAGAGCUAUGGAGCCAUUUUUGUUGGACUAAAACAUGUCAAGAUAUACUCCAUUGCAUAAAAAAAAGCAGGGAAGGAGACUCUAAGCAGUCGAAUACUGAAGUCACAGAGUUAGAAGUUCAUGGAUUUGCAUCAUUUGCUUGGUUGGUUGUUAGUCACGUAAAAACUCCACAGAGAGGCUUAUCAAAGACAUUUACGUUCAAACAAACCAGGUCAAACAAUGAGGCAACAACACUGAUUGAUCACGUGCCUUAAUCAUAUGAGGUCCAUACAAAGUCACCUGAUAUGUCACAUGCAUGAUGAACUUCAGCCUGAUUUUAAGAACAGUCUGAUUCAGCAGAAAUUCAGUAGCAGAAUGAUAGUCUUUUACUUUCAUCCAAAAAAAUGCUGUCUUAAGCUUUCAUGAUUUCUAGUAAUUUCUAGUAAUAACAAAGAAUUAGAUUAUUUUACAUUUUUCUUGUAAGCCCCACAAAGUUGAGUCCCAACAUUAGCCCAAGAACUCUAAUGUAGAAAAUGCAGCUCAUUUGAAACAUCCUAAAAUGAUAAAUGACACUAAUAUGUUGAUUAACAAGCUUUGAAGUACAGAGUUCUUUAUGUUAAUCUUGCAGUUUUUUAUCUCUAUGUCAUUUUUCAGGAGCUGCCUCAAUAUCUCUGCAAACUGGGUGUAACUUUUCAGAAAGGUGAGCAUUAUGUGCACAUAACUGGUCCAUUAUAUCUGAAACUUAAGUAGAAAUGAGUCCUUGUAGCAAAUGCUUUUAGCCACAUUUGAAAUGACUGACGUGCUUAGGUCAAUGUGCCCUCACUCAUCAUGUUGACUGUUAUCUUAAGGGGCUGUUAUUUCAACCUUUCCUUGUCUAUGCAGAGUGUUUCUGCGAAGGAGGAGAGGAUAAACGCAUCCCUCUCCUCAGGGACAUUUUUGAUGCUUUCCCUAACACGCCUGUCAACAUUGACAUCAAGGUCAACAAUGAUACACUCAUUAAAAAGGUGGGUGUGUUAUUUAAUUUAUAGGUUUCGUUUGUUCUUUACAAAAAAGUUACACUUCCACAGCAGACAGUGGAAAUGAAAGAUUUCUAAUUCACUCACUCUUAUUCUGUCUCUGAAGCAGUUUCUUUUAUAACACCUCUUGGCCUCUUUGCAGGUCUCCGAGCUGGUUGUGAAGUAUGACAGAGAGCACUUGACUGUCUGGGGCAACGCCAGCAACCAGAUUGUGAAGAAGUGUUACAAGGAGGUGCUUGAAAUUUUAAUCUUCCUGUAUCUUUGGUGAAAUUGGAGCAGCACUACAUCCGUUAAAUACUAUAAUAGGCUUACUGUACAGUAAAUUCUGUAUAUUUUGUGUUCUUAGUCUUUAAGAGAGUAAAAUUGCACACUGUGUCAUAAGUCUUGUCUUGUAUGUUUCACAGAACCCUCGUAUUCCUGUGUUGUUCAGCUUACCAAGAGUACUGCAGCUGUUGGGUCUCUUCUACACCGGCCUUCUGCCCUUCAUUCCGCUCAAGGAGCAGUUUCUGGAAAUCCCCAUGCCCUCGAUUAUCACCAAGUAGGAAUAACAAAUAUAUAUUGAAUUACAAAUGGUGUUGAAUGAAGGAGCGAUACUUUAUCUGAGACAGGACCAAGAUAAGCAGGAUCAAACCCUCAGUAAUAUGUCAUUAGUUGCACCAGUGUUACUGACAUAAAAGUCAUCCCAAGUUAUGGUUUGUCAAGAGAAACAGCCUUUUGUGCUCAACUCACUACUAUAAAAUCUCGCCUCAGUUUAUUCAGUCAGGGGUGGCACUUUUUAACAGCUGGUCAUUGGUUUCACCUGUAAUUAAAGUCAAUUUAUGGAAUUGAACUUAAAGAUAAAGUGUGUAGAAUCUUGAUUCUAGUCAUGUCUCUAUAAACCAGUGGUUCUCAAGUCCAGUCCUUGAAGACCACUGUCCUGCAUGUUUUGGAUGUUUCCCUGCUCCAUCACACCUGAUUCAAAUGAUCAGCUCGUUACUAAGCCAUUACAGAGCUUCAUAACAAACUGAUCAUUUGAAUCAGGUGUGUUGGAGCAGGGAAACAUCCAAAACAUGCAGGACAGUGGGGCUCGAGGACUGGACUUGAGAACCACUGCUAUAAACUAACAUAGACAUUUCUGUAUGGUCGCUGUCCACAUAAAUAGUACUAGUUAGAAAAUGAAUCAAGGAUCUGACAGCUUGAUAUUGCUUAAUAUUCCUAUUUCUACACAUUGUACCUGUAAAUACUUAAUGACUCUUCCUGAAUUUUCAGCAACACUUAGUGGCCUCCAUCAGUAGUUGGCCACCAAGGACAAACUUUAACCAGAGACAAGGGGAUUACCACUUGUCUGAAGUUUUGUAAUGAGUGUUAUGAGAGACAACUCUAUGGAGGCAAAAAAAGUAAUCUGAAUAGUGAUUUCUAAAAUAGUUUUGCUCAGUGUGUCCUUCCUGUCCCUUGUUAUCCAGACCACAGUGGUGUUUGAAAGAUGAUCUCACGUCAUAAUUAAGUGAAACAUUCACACCUUUUGCCUCAGUAGAUCAAAAGGUUCAAGUUCACAGAGAAGAUUACUCGUGCCAAUCAUUUUUUUAGGCUGAGGAGAUUGUUUAAUAACACACAUCUGUUAAAGCCACCCUACUUUUUAUGCUUUAUUCAAUAGUUAUUUGAGUAUGUAUUCAAACAUGUAUCAUCAUUAGUGUGCUGUGGGAGAAGCUUGACACUUCAUUGGUUAAUUCACUGAAUUGUGUGUUUGAUAUUUCCUCCCAGAGAAAGAAUUGAGUGUUGGACAAAAAUGCUGGUACAGAUGUUUUCCAAGUUUGAGCGAGGUUCAGUUUGAGGAACUUUUCUGAUGUUUUUCUGUUCUCGAUUUUUGCAGACUCAAGGAUCCUGAAAGUUUAACCAGAAGUCAGCGAGUCCUCACAUGGUUAGCAGACAGGUAAGUCUCUGGAUUUUCUAAAUAUCUAAAGCCCUUGUUCCUCUUUAUGUUAGUAUCAGAGUAGCUGAAUCAUUGCAUUUAACUGUUGGAAUUUUUUGCAACAUCUUUGGUGCAUUUCUACUUUUUAAGUAUUUUUCAAGAAUUUUGAGAAAUGGUUUUUGAAAUAGGUAGACUAGGGAUAUUUAGUUGCCUUUUAAAAAAUGUGACACAGCACAUUAGUCUGCCCCUGAUUUACUCGCAGUGUCUCAGUGUUUACUUUUCUCUUGCAGAAUACUGAUGAGGAAAGCUCUGUUUCAGCACCUAACUGCCAGAGGAAUACAGGUAAAGCUGUGCACACCGUCUGUGUAAACAGUGUGAACUUACAUAUUCUGAAGAGGGAUGAGAUGAAUGCAGAGUGGAUGCAGAUUGGUACAGAUCAGCUUUUUCAUUUCAGUUUUUUCAUCACUGCACAUGAUCAAUGAUCAAAGUGUUUCUUAAAGUCUGCACUCCUUCCCCCAGCUCUGGACAUUUUUGGAGUUGAAAAAUUUUGCAUUUUUGGAAAAUCAAAGUAUUUCUAGAUUCACACAAACAUAAAGUCACUUUAUCUGAAUUAUCUUCGCUGGAAGUUUCUAGAAGUUCAAAAUUAGGCCAGAGUGACUGCCAAUGCUACUGUAAGAGCAAAGAGGCAUUCUGUCCCUCUCUCUGUCUCUGUGAAGCUCCACCUUGUGUGUGUUGAUUCAACUGUACAUGUCCUGCAUCUGGUUUCAGGUGUACGUUUGGGUGCUGAACGAUGAGGAGGACUUCCAGAGGGCGUUUGACUUGGGAGCUACAGGAGUUAUGACAGAUUUUCCCACCAGGCUUAAAGACUUCAUGGACAGGAAUGGCAUUUCUAAACCCCAGUGACCUGCCAAAGUCUACCUCAACUCCCACCCCCAACUCACACACACACGCGCACACUUUGCAGUGAUUAUCUUCCAACCUGACUGACCUGCCAAAACCAGCCCUCCACAGUCACCCCACUUUCAUGCCAUGCAUUCCUGCAAGGGUGCUCUCACUCUGUAUUUGACUGUUGGUAGGGACCCCCAUCAUGUUCUCCAACCUGCACUGAUUUAAGGAAUCAUAUUCAUGAUGCUGAUGUCUUUUUCAUGACACAAAAUACUCUAUAGGGCACAUAUACAGUAUAUUAUCAUCUUAGCUGAAUAGUGUUCUUUGCAGGUUCUUUAUACCUUUGUUGGACAUAUACAGAUAUAUAAAUGCACAACAGUGUGAGAAAUAUAUAUUUUCACACAGCCUCUUCAUAUAAAAUGUAAUAUUGCUUUAAAACAAUACCUUAACAAUUAGACAAAACAGCUGCUGAAUUGUGGUUGGAAGUCUUAUUGAUUAUUUUAGUGUUUUGGACACCAAACAACAAUUUUCAGUGUUAAUAGGUUAUUUUUCUAAUAAUUGUGCCAGUCAAACACCAGACCAUGUCCUUACAUGUUGGUUGUUCUAAUUUCCCAGCAGCUUGAUGGUUUGAGCCUUGACUUUUAUCUUUCUUGUACACUCAGCUCAUGCAAUAAUACACUUUGAGAAGAUAUUUUUAAAUUUGCCAGAUUUAUCCAGUAUCAAAAAGCUAUUUGAGAUCUGAGAUGUCACUUCUCUAUAUUUACAACUCUAAGGCACACUGGGUGUUAAUGUUGGCUGCUGUGUAAAAAGCAUUAUAAAGAUGUGUUAUUUAAAAAGAAUAACAGUUUUAUAUUGGAAAGCAGCGUUGUUGUAUAUUUAUAUAUGGGUUCUUAGUCUCUAUAUCAUUUUUCAUCAGUUGCUGAAAGGACUGAGGAGUUGUUUGUCUAUUACUGAAUCUUUUUGCAUAAAAUAAGAAAGGAUUGCUGUUUUUGUCGCCUCUGUAAAUGUUCAUAAUCAGCAUUUUGUGCUUCGGCCCUAAGUGAUGGGGGAAAAUGAAGAUGUGUGGGCUUUUAAGUGUUUUGCAGAAGAACUGAGACGUUUUGUGUUAUUGCUCUUUUGAAUUUCAAAUGGCAGCAUUUCUCUGGCUGUAAAGCCACAGUUCAGAGCAGUUUGAAGUAUAAAAACCAUCAGGAUUACCAUACCACUGAUAUUUGCUAAUCCAAACUUGUGACCACACACUGAGGGCCAUUCAUGAAUGUAGUAUUGGUUGGAUGUACUGUAUGGUGUUUGGUAUUUUAUAGCUUAAGUUUCAUUUCUUGAAGUCUGUAGUUGGAAAUUUGGUAUUUGACCAAUUACUGAACUCACUGACUGAAACCUCCACUGGUGUCAGUCUGGUGAGUCUUUCGUUGUAAAAGACUAUAAAUCAUUUACAUUGAUGUAUAUACACUGUGGAAAUUUUUUGAUUAUAUAACUGGUGAUGUGCUGAGUUUGCAUUAGUUUUGCAUGCAGAAAUGAAUGUGUAUCCUUCAUGAGUAUGUGUUAAGCUGUUCUAUUUGAGUAUGUUGUGACUUUUACAGGUUGUGGGACCUGGCUGCUAAAACUUAUCAAAAUGCCUUAUCCCACAUGAAGUGUUAUUUUGGUUUACAAAGAGAUUAUUAAAAGCACACUUCUAUCAAACCAAGAAUAAGUA